AUGGAGAAAGCUUAUUUUGUCCUUUUCUUUCAUUUUUUUUCUUUUCUUUCUAUUCUUUACGCCACUGAACUUUUCUUUAUUAGUUGCCUUUCUUUUUUUUCUUUAUCCUUUUCUCUUUGUUCCCUAACGACUGAUUUCGAUUUCUCUUUCUCUUUCUUUCUCUACCGAUUUCUUUCUUUCCCUGUCAUUCAUUCUUUCUUUCUCUCACGUUUUUUUUUCUUUUCUUUCUUUCUCAUUCUUUCUUUUUGUGUAUUCUUGCUGCCUCUGAGGCUUUUUAUCACUUUUCCUUUUUUUUUCUUUCUUUCUCUGUCGCUUUUUUCUUUUUCUUGUGUUCUUUUUUUUUCUUUCUCUCCCUUUCUCUCUCUCUGGCAUUCUUUCUCUCUUGCUAUUUGUUUGAUUGUUUCUUCGUUUCUUCGUUUCUUUCUUUAUCUCUUGUUUUUUUUUCUUUUGCUUUCUUUCUUUCUUUCUUCCUUGUUUUUUCUUUUUCUUUCUUUCUUUCUUUCCUUCUUUCUUUCUUUUUUUCUUACUUUCUUGUUUUUUCUUUUUCUUUCUUUCUUUCUUUCUUUCUUUCUUUCUUGUUUUUUCUUUUUCUUUCUUUCUUUCUUUCUUUCUUGUUCUUUCUUUGUUAUCUCACAUUUUUCCUUUUUCCCUUCUUUUCAUCUCUUUCCUUCUUACUUUCCUUUCUUUCCAUAUUUUUCUUUCAUUUCUUUUUUGUUGGGUUGUUUUUUUCUUUUCUUUCUUUCUUUCUUUCUUUCUUUCUCCCUUGUUUUUUCUUUCGCUUUCUUUCUUCAUUGUUUUUCUUCAUUGUUUUUCUUUCGCUUGCUUUCUUUCUUUCUUUCUUUCUUCCUUGUUUUUUUCUUUUUCUUUCUUUCUUUCUUUCUUUCUUUCUUGGUUUUCUUUCGCUUUCUUUCUUUCUCGUUCUUUCUUUUGUUAUCUCACAUUUUUCUUUUUCUUUCUUCUUUUCAUCUCUUUCCUUCCUACUUUCCUUUCUUUCUAUAUUUUUCUUUCAUUUCUUUUUUUGUUGGCUUCUUUCUUUCUUUCUUUCUUUCUUUCUUUCUCGAACGCUUUCUUUAUUUUCCCCAUAUCUUCUGUCUAUUCACGUUUGAAUCUAUCACAGUUUAUAUCUCUCUAUCAUACUCUGUUUCUAUUUAUCUCUCUCUCAACUCUCUCGCUCUUUCCAUUUCUCUCACUCUUUCUCUCAUGCUGUCUUUCCUAUUUGCUUUAUUUCUCUCACUAUCUAUCUAUCUAUCUAUCUAUCUAUCUAUCUAUAACAAUAUCUUUACAUUUCUCUCAUUCUCUCUCUUAUUCUGUGUUUCCUAUUUCCACUAUUUCUCUCUCUCUCUCUCUCUCUCUCUCUCUGUCUAUCUAUCUAGCUAUCAAGUCUCUCUCUCUUUCCAUUUCUCUCUCUCUUUCCAUUUCUCUCUCUCUUUCCAUUUCUCUCACUCUUUCUCUUAUUCUCUCUUUCCUAUUUCCUCUAUUUCUCUCUUUCUCUCUAUCUAUCUAUCUAUCUAUCUUAUCUAUCUAUCAAGUCUCUCUCUCUUUCCAUUUCUCUCACGCUUUCUCUUAUUCUGUCUUCCCUAUUUCCUCUCUCUCUCUCUCUCUCUCUCUCUCUAUCUAUCUAUCUAUCUAUCAAGUCUCUCUCUCUCUUUCCAUUUCUCUCUCUCUCUUUCUCUCUCUCUUAUUCUGUCUUUCCUAUUUCAUCUAUCUAUCUAUCUAUCUAUCUAUCUAUCUAUCUAUCUAUCUAUCUAUCUUACCAACCCACUCAAUUCCUUCUCGUCAGUCACCUUCCCGUCUGUUUCUGUAGCUUUCUCCGAUUUUAAACUUUUUGGUCGUUGCGCGGGUCGUCACUUUGUUCCUAUCUCUCCCCCCUCUCCCUCUCUCUCUCUCUCUCUCUCUCUCUCUCUCUCUCUCUAUCUAUCUAACUCAGUCUGUUCCUAUCUAUCUAUCUAUCUAUCUAUCUCAGUCUGUUCCUAUCUAUCUAUCUAUCUGUCUCAGUCUGUUCCUAUGUCUCUCUCUCAUUCUCUCUCUCUAUAUCUGUCUAUCUCACUCUGUUCCUAUCUAUAUAUCUGUCUAUCUAUCUAUCUCAGUCUUUUUCUAUCUAUCUAUCUAUCUAUCUAUCUAUCUAUCUAUCUAUCUAUCUAUCGAUCGAUCGAUCGAUCUAUCGAUCUAUUUCACUCUGUUCCUAUCUAUCUAUCUAUCUAUCUAUCUAUCUAUCUCAGUCUGUUCUUAUCUAUCUUCAUAUUACAUGUUUUUUUCUAUCUUUAUUUCAAUAAUCUCUUUCUUAUCUUUCCACAAAUUGAUCUCCACCAUUUUUUUUCCUUUCCUUUCUUAUCUAUAAUUUUCCUCUUUUUCUGUUGUAUUUGUAUUUAUUUCUCCCUUUCUUCUUUCAUUCUUUUCUUUCCAUCCUUACCUACCCAUUUCUUCUUCCUCGGUCAUAUCACGUUUUCUGUUAACAUAAUUGUUUGUUUGUUUCUUCUUUUCAACUUUUGCAAUCUUUUCCCUUUUGUCUAUACGUUUGUUUCAUUACUAUCGAUAUUUGCUAUCGCUUAUUUAUUCGCUCUUCGUCGUUUCGGGCCAUUAUACGAAACCCCUACUCGUUUACCCGGCCCUUUCUUUCUUUCUUUCUUUCUUUCUUUCUUUCUUUCUUUCUUUCUCUUUAAUCGAUAUAUAUUUUUAAUACAAGUGCACAUGCUUAUAUGCCAUUUUCUUUCUUUCUUUCUUUCUUUCUUUCUUUCUUUCUUUCUUGUAAAUAGUUAUUUAUUUAUUUGUUUAUUUAUUUUAUACAAACCUCUCACUGUUUUCUUCCUAAACGUCUUACUUUCUUUUUUCCCUAAAUUCUUUCUUUCUUAA